AUGAAAGAGAGGCGCGAGAUUGAGGAGAAAGUUCUUCUGCGGCUUCCUCCAACGGGCAAAGUUGUCCCACAAUUUCCUCCGACCAUCGAUGACUCCAGGAGCAGCGGUGACGUCACAGUGGAUGAAGGAAAAGACGUGUCAAUGACAUGCGAGGCUCGUGGAGACCCCUCACCUGUCAUACGCUGGGUCAGGGAGGGUGGAGAGAGGUUUAACAUGAACACUUCUCAGACAGUGGACGAGUACCUGGGCAAGACGCUGUUCAUUCCCGGAGUCUCGAGGAACCACAGCGGGGCCUUCCUCUGCAUAGCCUCCAACGGCGUCCCUCCUUCAGUCAGUAAGAGGAUUCUGCUAAAUGUUAAGUUUCCGCCGAAGAUCUUGGACGAGCACGCAAGUGGGCGUGUGGGCGCCGCGCUGCUGGGCGUCGCGACCAUGACCUGCAGGUUCCAAGCGCAGCCCCUGACGGCCGUCCGCUGGUUCAAGGGCCCGAGGGAGGUCAAAGGUCAGAGUGCCUCCGCCGCCGUGGAGACGAGCAAGGGCCAGAGAAAUCGUUGGAAACUGAGAUACUCUCAGUAUGAAGUAUGA